AAACCCAAAUGACGGAAACGUCUUACCUAGCGGUGCAGAUUCAACCUUACGGUACCAUUAAUUUAAUGUUUAUAUUCUCUGUUUAGGGCAUUGAGUGACCCUAUGGAUGUGAUUUGGAACAAACUGAAGAUUGCAUACUACUUAUUUUUGUAAAAGCAGGAUAAAAAUGAGCAACAUCCUCCAUGCAGCAUCAAAAGUGAGGUGGAAUCAGAGCACUGCGGCGAAAAGAGCGGUGUUCCUGGCGGCCGCCGCAUACGGGGUGAAAACGCUUUACCCCAUCAUCUGCGAACAAAUAAAACAACGGAAACCACCGAAGAACAACACGUCUGAACCGGGACAUGAGAAUGGAUUGAUAUCUCCUCAUAAAGCUACACCAGAGACUGCCUCUAGCCUUAGUAAAUCACCCGGUAUCAAUGCGGAAUUCUUCAAGCAGAUUCUUGAUCUGGUUAAAAUCGUGUUCCCGAGGUUUGUAACCAAAGAACUGGGUUUACUAUGUUUACAUUCAAUAGCCCUAGUUUCACGGACGUUUCUGUCUAUUUAUGUGGCAGGUUUGGAUGGUAAGAUAGUGAAAACGAUCGUAGAGAAGCAGCCGCGGAGCUUCAUGAUCAAACUGAUGAAAUGGCUUUUGAUCGCCAUCCCGGCCACAUUCGUCAACAGCGCGAUCCGCUAUCUGGAGUGCAAGCUCGCGCUCGCGUUCCGCACGCGUUUGGUAGAUCAUGCAUAUAAAACCUAUUUCACCGAUCAGACCUAUUAUAAGGUCAGCAACAUGGACGGGAGGCUGGCGAACCCGGACCAGUCUCUAACCGAGGAUGUGAUGAUGUUCUCGCAGUCCAUUGCGCAUCUGUACUCGAACCUCACCAAACCCAUCCUGGACGUCAUACUGACUUCAUAUACUUUAAUACAGACUGCGAGAUCUCGGGGUGCGAACGCAACCGGACCCACUCUCUUAGCGGGGCUAGUGGUGUUCGCCACGGCGAAGGUUCUGCGCGCGUGCUCGCCGAGGUUCGGUAAGCUGGUGGCGGAGGAGGCGCACAGGAAGGGCUACUUGCGCUAUGUGCACUCCAGAAUCAUAGCCAAUGCAGAGGAGAUCGCCUUCUAUAGGGGACAUACGGUGGAGAUGAGGCAGCUGCAGAAGUGUUAUAGCACCCUGGCGAAGCAGAUGAACCUCAUUCUAUCAAAGCGUCUGUGGUACAUCAUGAUUGAACAGUUCCUCAUGAAGUACGUCUGGAGUGCAAGUGGUCUGGUUAUGGUGGCAGUGCCCAUCAUCACUGCCACUGGCUUUGCUGACAACGAGCUGGCUGAUGGUCAGACGCAAGUGUUGGUGAGUGAAAGAACAGAGGCUUUCACAACAGCUCGCAAUCUCCUGGCCUCAGGGGCGGAUGCCAUUGAAAGGAUCAUGUCUUCUUAUAAAGAGGUCACCGAGUUGGCUGGCUACACGGCACGUGUGCACAACAUGUUCUUAGUAUUUGAUGAAGUCCAAAGGGGAAUAUACAAACGUUCAUCUGCCAUCUUGACUGCAGAGGAGAUGAUAAGCGGGGAUGAUAACCGACCUGAGAUGCAUAUCGAUGGGCCUCUGGAAAUCAAAGGCAAAGUGAUUGAUGUGGAUAAAGGUAUAGUCUGUGAAAAUGUGCCUAUAAUCACUCCUAAUGGAGAUGUGGUUGUAUCCUCCUUGAAUUUCAAGGUAGAAGAAGGGAUGCAUUUGCUGAUCACAGGGCCAAAUGGAUGCGGGAAAAGUUCUCUGUUCCGGAUCCUCAGUGGCCUCUGGCCUGUGUACGGCGGGCUUCUAUACAAACCCUCGCCUGAGCACAUGUUUUACAUCCCACAGAGACCGUACAUGUCCAUCGGAACGUUACGGGACCAGGUCAUCUACCCCGACUCUCUGGACGACUUGCAUGACAAGGGUUACAGAGACAAGGACCUGGAAGUUAUUCUGGACAUUGUCAAUCUAAACCACAUAGUUACCCGAGAAGGAGGCUGGGAUGCUGAGCUGGACUGGAAAGAUGUUCUUUCUGGAGGCGAAAAACAGCGUAUGGGCAUGGCACGAAUGUUUUACCACAAGCCUAAGUAUGCUCUUCUGGAUGAGUGCACCAGUGCUGUCAGUAUUGAUGUAGAGGGUAAAAUAUUUCAGGCUGCAAAGGAUGCUGGUAUCUCCUUACUGUCCAUCACCCAUAGACCUUCUCUAUGGAAAUACCACACACACCUGCUGCAGUUUGACGGGGAGGGCGGCUGGCGGUUCGAGCAGCUGGAUACAGCCACGCGGCUCUCACUGACGGAGGAAAAACAACGCUUGGAGUCUCAGCUCGCAGGCAUCCCUAAGAUGCAGCUCAGACUGAAUGAGCUGUGUAAGAUCUUGGGUGAAGAUUCAGUUCUAAAGACGGUGGAGAACAAGGAUGAGGACUGAAAGAAACCCUGGAGAUGCUUGAUGUUCAGGAAAACUCAUGUUUUGGUACUUUUAAUAUUUUAGUAAUGAUUUUAACCUUUGAUGUGUAUACACGACAAUUCGAUACUGAAAUUUAAGUUUUAAUAGGAAUCGUAGAAACAGGUUCCCUUUUGUUUUAUUUAAUUUAGUUUCGUUUUAUUUCACUUUUUACUUUGCUUUUUUUGUUGUUUUGACCUAAUUAUGUUAUAAAUUUUUAGUUUUUUUUCUGUUGAGUUUUUUUUUUUUUUUUUUUUGCUUUUUGUUUAUGUUGUGGUUUUGUUUUGUUUGUAAUGUUAUUUUUCUUUUCUUUUUUUGAUUAUAUGUUUUCAGCACUUUAUUGAACCAAUUCCCCCAAGAAUUUAGCUGUAUAAAUUACUUUGACAAACAGUAAGUCUUGAUGGAUGUAUUUUCCUUUCAUGGAUUAACUCUUUCAGCUAAAUAUUGUUUAGAUAGUGUUAUUCAAAUGAUGUAUUCCUUUUUCUUUGUUGAUAUUUUAACCUAAAUAACUUCCCUCCAUAUCCAAAAUCCAAAAUGUUUUAUCCUGUGGUAACAACAAUAGUGAUUUUUUUUUUUUACCAUUUUGUAAAGGAAAAUCAUGUAGGUCAUUUACAAAACAAGCUUUUGCACAAUCAACCUUUGAAGAACACAGAGAAAAGAAAAUGAGAUGAGACUGUCUAUAGGUCAUUGUGUGAGUCAGCUGGAGAGCUCUGGGUUUAAGACAGCAGGUUUCUGGUUUUCUGAACAAAAACAAUAUUCUGGAUACACACAGUGAGGGCACAGGACUCUGCAGGUGGUUCUGUUGUGUCCACACUGAGCUUACAGACAGACAAUGUUAUUCUGGGUCACCGGACUAAGAGAGAAUCAUGUUCGUCAUCAUGUUUUAGAUUUGUUUCUCAGUUCUACUGUUUCAUGUCAAGUCAUAUUAUUAGGUUGUUUCAAAAUGUAUUGCACAUUAUGUCUUUUCAUUCAGACUGAUAUACUGUGAAGUUUGUCUAACAGCUGUGAAGUGUUUAUCUUUAAUACAACAUUUUUUUUUUGUUUUACUUUUUUUUUCAUUCAAACACUGACUUGUAUUUGCUUUUAUUAUUGUUUUGUUUGAAACCCUACUUGGUUGGAAAAUUUCACUAAAUUUCACAUCUAUGCUGGACUCAUAACUAUCAUUACGUUUUGCACUUCUAGGGUGUGCUUAUAUGGGUUACAGAUAUUAGUCAAAGUUUUAAUCUACAUCCCCAAAAUGUAAAUAUAUUUUAUUUGAUUUUUAACAUUGUAUGUGAAUGAGUAUUGACUUUGUCAAGUAUGUCAACAAUCUUUACAUCAAGCUGUAAUCAGCCUGUAAAUAAAAUACAACCAAACAUAUAGAAAGA